AUGUGCGACAUAGGUUUCUCGAGCAACAAUGAACAAGGAAACUUCGUUGGUGUUCUUGAUUCAAGCUCAAACAAAUAUAUAUCUAGAGCCAAUGAGACUACACCACCAUGUUCUUCUGGGGGCCUCCCUCCACUACCUUCAGUCCCGAUUGGCAAUUACACAGAGGAAGAGGAAGUAGCUGUAAUGUCAGGCAAGGGCAAUGAAACUCCUAUAUCAAGUUCGGGCCAAUCAUUAUCCGGAGAUGAUUGGUCCUCUCCUUCAUAUUCAUCUGAUGACAUUCCUUCUUUGCCCUCUACUCCUAUCAUUAACAACACAGUGGAAGAAGAAUAG